GAGCGCACGGGAAUGGAGUGAUGGAGUUGCUACGUCAGUUGGUGUCUUUCAAGACUGCGUUUUUUGCCUAAUUUGUCCUUGUUUCACUAUGAUUGAUUGUAUGCCUGUUAGCUGCUGAAUCUGCAAUGCAUGAAUGCUGGUUGAAACCGGUCAUUUUUCUUGUUUGCUCCAUUUCGGUACAUUUAGGAGACUUUUCUUUCUUUUUUUUUAAUGAUUGCAUAAAUACCCGUGAUCUUCACAGCCCUGGAUCAACUGCUCCAUUUUCGGUACGUUUAGGAAAUGUCUAUGAUUGCAUAAAUCGCCAUGAUCUUCACCAGCCCUGGACUUACGCCAGACCGGUCUCGAUUCCUCGCCUGCGCACGUUGUAGUAUGGUUGGAUCAUAGUAACGUAUCGUCUGCUUAAUGGCGAACAAGUAGCCGAUGAUCGACUCCCCCAUCCACUCAAGGCC